AUGUCACCCCAAUGUACCAGCGAUGACUUCUUCCAUAUUUUAUCACAAAUACCCACCCUCGCCCAUCUCACACUAGCUGGCAAGAUUCUUGUCCCUGAACUCUUUCAUCCCGACACCUACCCCGGCUUUGAGCUCCAGCAGCUCCAUUACCUAAUGCUUAGCAAUCUUGAGCCUCUGACCACCGUUCAGCUACUGCGCUUAUUUGUGUUUUCUGCUGAUAGGCGCCAAGCCCCUCUGGGCCCCGAUACACCUCUUUUCGGCAGUCGCAUCCCGCCCGGCACUUCGACUCAGUCUCCCAACACUUCAAUUUUGCCUUCGACGCUCUUUGACACCUUCGACGGGCCACUUGACGCCGCUCGGCCAAAGCGCGUGAUUCGCUCCAUGCCACACCGACGUAGCCGGUCUUUCCCGAUUAGGUAUCGAACCUCGCAGCAUGCCUUCACGAUGGCUACCGGUCCAAAGUGGCCAUAUGUUUCUCUUCAUCUCCGCAUUCGGCAUGAUGUCACUCUACGGAUGAACUUGAUGCGUGCCACUCGGAGAGGCAGAUUCGUGCGGAACAAUGCAAAGCCCCUUGUAUUACCUUUUUCCAAGGGCGUUUCUCGUGUUCACUCGAAGACCGUCAUCGAGUGCAACCGGUUCCUGUCGCAGCUGCGCAUCUACUGGUUGAUCAACACGUCGUUGACCACCAUUGAACUCAAGGUGCAGGUCGCACUUAGCCUGCUCGAUGGAGACGCCCGCGCCUGGGCCACUCCUUACUUCGCCCAGCUUGUGUCGGUGCAGAUAGGAACACAAGGGGUCACAACCCCAUUCGCAAACGAAGCAGCCUUUGCCGCCGCCUUCCGGGCCCGCUUCGGAAAUCUCGACGACGAGGCGGCAGCACAAGUAGAGCUGGCGAAGCUCUGCGCGGACAAGACGGUCCGUGAAAAACGCACCGCUGCGGAGUUCUCCGCGCUGUUCAAGGGUCCGGCGGAUCGCUCUGGGUAUGGGGACCUGGAGCUACGCGACAAGUACCUGAGCGGCAUCCCCUCCCGCGUUUACCGCAAGAUCGAGCUCGAGACCUUCACCACGUGGAAAGACGCUGAGAAGUGCGUCACCGAGGUUGAGCAGAUCCUUGACAUCAGCUGGGCCUGUUGGCCCGAGCUGAACAACUUCUUGGCCUGA